GAGGUAGUUGUUGGCUGGCUCGGGGAGAGCACUGUCACUGGCAUAAGCGGUAGUCGGCUCGUUCUGGGCUGUGUGUCAUGGAUGGGGAAAUUAUGGACGAGAAUGAAUGGAAUUACCACGGGGAAGGGAACAAGAGCCUGGUUGUGGCGCACACACAGCGUUGUGUGGUUCUUCGUUUCCUGAAGUUUCUUCCCAGCCGGAAUAAGACGGCGGAGGAAAUCUACCAACAUCUGCAAAACAUUCUGGAUUUUGGCAGACACAUAAUGAAACAAUUUCUUGGGGAGAAUUAUGUGCACCAUGGGGAAGUGGUGACGUUGCCUCUGGACUUUCUGAAGAGUCUGUGUUUAAAGGUCCAGUCCGAGAGGCCGGAGUCACGGUGCGAAAAAGAGAUGGACGUCAGUGGUUACGCCAUGUGCCUUCCAAAUCUAACCCGGCUACAGACCUUCCCAUUUGUAGAGCACAGACCCAUCUUCUGCAUAGAAAUUAAGCCAAAAUGUGGUUUUAUUCCGUCCUCUGCCCACAUUACAAAAGAGAUAAAGAAGAAGGUUUGUCGCUUCUGCAUGUAUCAGCACCUAAAGGUUGCCAAAGGAAAGUGGAAGAGUAUCAGCAAAUACUGCCCCCUGGAUCUCUUCUCUGGAAACAAACAGAGGAUGCACUUUGCCAUCAUGAAUUUAUUACAAGAGUCUCAAAAUAACUUAAAAAUCUUUAAGAACGGUGAAUUAAUUUAUGGCUGCAGGGAAGAGCAGGAGAACCAUUCUGAUCUGAAUAAACUUGCCCAUCACCUGAAACCGUUUUUCUUUCCAGCCAAUGGGCUGGUCAGUGGACCUCCAUGUACGAUGAAUGUGCUAAAAGAACUCAUAAAUGUGCUAACGGCAACUCUGCUAAGUAACUGCUCGGACCCCACCAGGGCAGGAAACAUAAAGUCAGUGCCCGUCUCACAGGGCAGGAAUUACUGCGAGGCCAGUCACUUUAGUACGGAGCUGCUCAGGAACAGUAAACAUAACAUUGAAGCUUCUGGUUUACCUAAAGGAUGCAUCUUAUACAAGACCCUUCAGGCUCAGAUGCUGGAUAUGCUGGACAUAGAAGGACUGUACCCUUUGUAUAAGAGAGUGGAGGCGUAUCUGGAGGAGUGUCCGGAGGAACGGAGCACUUUACUCCUGGAUGGACCUUAUAAUGAAACCUUUUUUGAGAAGUUAAAAGACCUUUCUCUGGAAGACGAUGGAAGUGUGGCGUACGCAGUGACAAAGAUUCAGCAGUACAGAGUAGCCAUGACUGCCAAGGACUGCUCUAUCAUGAUCGCACUUUCUCCCACCGUCCCCGAUGAAUGCUUUGAUCCAAAAUCUGUAAUAAAGACCUCCAGAUCAAGGUUACGGUAUUCAGUUUCCAUCUUGGACUUAGACCUGAAACCCUACGAAAACAUCCCACACCAGUAUAAGCGGGACCGUAAGAUUGUUAGUCACUACCUGAAAAGCACCCAGGCCAGUCACACCACACAUGUUCACAGCCAAUGAGGACCUCACAUUGCUGCUUCACAAAGUAUAAUGCUGCGUGUAGAGCGAGGACAUGAACGCAAUUUGCUGAGCUAGGAAUGUCUGCUCAUCUUGUCAUCCACUGCAUUUGAACUCCUCGCGCAUGUAUUUCUGUGAUGGCCGAGCACUCCGAAGAACUCAUAAUGCCUUCACAGUCAGACCGUUAUUAUUGACUGUUUUAUUACCUUUGGUCUGUGUAGAUAAUUAUUUUAUUUUUAAUACCGAAAAGGGCAAAAUCUGAGUAACUAGAAGCUGCCCUUUGUAUUUAUUCUGCUACUUUUCUAAUGUGUACCCGAGAUGCACGUAUCUGCCUCUUUCUACAAGAGAUACGUUUAUUUUCUUGAAAUAAUGGCAGCAUGUGGAUAGUCUGAUGUUUUGUUUGCUUUUAAACCAGAAUUUCUGUCUGGAGUUUUAGAAAAUGGCUGCUGAAAUCUCACUGCAGAUCAGUGCCUCCGGGUGUGUCUUGUUUUAUGGAAGUGUCAUUUGUUAACAUUAUAGAUUUGAGAAGUCUGUGACAAGUCAAAUACUUGAAUCUGGUCAGAUGGUGUCAGGAGUGAUUGUUAAGCCUUAAACAGGGGGUAUAUAAUGUGAAUGUCUCCUCCUGACACCAUUGUGCACACGACUAAAGAAUACAGUUAGUGCUGUGCCUCUAAUAGGCCGGGGAUGCGCACUGGAGCCUGAGGCGUUGCAACCUAUCUGAACUUAAAGAAACCCAUAUAGAAUCUGUAAUUUAUAAGUCUGCUGGUUAUGCCAAACUGUACAGGUGACUCACACGGAGGGCCUUGUAGUAGGUCGUUCUCUUGUUUAUAAGAGAGGUCUGUGUGAGCUGUAUAAAACCCAGGCUUACUUACUGUACAGGUGACUUGCACGGAGGGCCUUGUAGCAUGUCUUUUUGUUGUGUAUAAGAGAGGUUUGUGUUAGGCAUACACAGGUUCUCAUACAGACUACAGCAUGGCAGUGAAAUCUUUACAGCACCUCCGUAUUCUGUGUUUGGCUAAAAAGCUUCUACUGGUUAACUGAUGGUAUAAACAGCUGGUAUUGAGAAGAGGGGUGGUGUGGGUGUAAUUAGCAGGAGUGCCACCCAGCAUAGUGUAGUAUGUCACAUUGAUACCAUGUUAAACAUUUUAUCCUAAACUGUUUAGAAUAUUUGCGUGCUGGAGCCAAUCGUGUAGCUCUGAAUCUUGAUAGAAGAUCUGAUCUAACCUUAAACUGCCUUAUAUAAGAUUUAUUUAAAGGGACAUUAAGGUAAAUGUUUAUCUAUGUAUAGCGUAUAUCUGUGAUUGAGCACUGCCGUGCAAGGGAUCCGUAUACAAAAUAAAGGUUUUAAAAUCAUUUAACACUGACAUUUUGUUAGCACAAUUUACAAGGUGAUAUACACCCCCUAGAAAGGCCCCAUGGAAUCGAUGAACCUGUUCUCCUUUGCUGUUGCCAAUCAAGGACAGAUGUAAAUGGGCUUGUUCUAUGAACCUAGCAUGUUGCAGGGGUAGGUACAUUUCACUAUACUUACGUAUUUUCAGAGACAUUCUAUAGCAAAAGCAGGUAAAACAAUGUUUAUUGCAAUAUUUUAUUUUCCUUAAACAUUAUGGGUCUAUUCACAUUCAUUUAGAAAAGCGCAUCAAAUGAUUUAUCUACGAACCUCCCCCAUAGACAUUAAUGGUGUUUUUCUUUUGACCAAACCAUUAGAUGUUUUUUUUUUUUUUUAUUUAAAUUAUUUUUUUAUUUAAAGGAUUGUCAUUGGCUCUUGUAUCGGUUAUUAUAUUUGCAGUUACUGUCCCUUUAAGAGCACUGCACAUGCACUAGGAAGCUGAAUGUCCAUAUGAGGCAUCUCAUGAACUCAAGUCACUUGCAACCGUUCUGUUUUAAUGGAGAUUAUAGAUCCUGAUAAGCCUGAACAAAACCAACUAAACAACAUUACCAAGCGGCUACAUUUAACCAGCUGGAAGAUAAAUAAAACAGGGACGUCGCAAUGUAAAAGAUAAAGUUAUGGUCAAGCAGAUUGUUUAAUGGUUGAUGUAAGAAUAGUGAAGUAGUUGUUAUGAGAGUUUAUAAUCCGUCCCAAAAUAUCUUGUUUUAUGAGUUGUCCUUCACGUACUCAUUUAGCAAAAAGUUCUGUCCUUCUCAAAUAUUACCGCUGGGUUUGUCUGUAAAACAGAACGUCAGUCAAGUCAUGACAUCCUCCCCUUAUUACCGCUGGGUUUGUCAAUAAAACAGAACGUCAGUCAAGUCAUGACAUCCUCCCCUUAUUACCGCUGGGUUUGUCAAUAAAACAGAACGUCAGUCAAGUCAUGACAUCCUCCCCUUAUUACCGCUGGGUUUGUCAAUAAAACAGAACGUCAGUCAAGUCAUGACAUCCUCCCCUUAUUACCGCUGGGUUUGUCAAUAAAACAGAACGUCAGUCAAGUAAUGACAUCCUCCCCUUAUUAACGCUGGGUUUGUCUGUAAAACAACGUCAGUCAAGUCAGUCAAAGAAAGUCACUGUGUUCCGGUUGUCUCACCCGUGCCUACUGGGGGGCACUGAUAAUCACUUAUUUCUUGUAGGGAAAUCUACUUGCAAUUUUUUUGGUUUAUAAUAAAAAUGUGUUUAUUUUUAUCGGUGCUUCAAAUAAAUUUAACUCCAUUUCUAGUAGACAGUGUCUCUGGUGCAUAAAGCUGCAGAUCCUUUUUAUACACUGUUUUUAGUAGGAGUUAUUUGACAGAACCACAAGUGUUUAGCGAUUUAACCCUCCCCAAUUGUGUUUGCAAUUCACAGUACCAUUUAGUCUGUGUUUACACCCCAUUAUGGACGUUCAUUGCUACCAUAGACAUUGAUAGCCACAGGCAUCAAAUAUUAAAGGCAUCUCUUACAGAAAAGCUCAUGCAUUUUGAACAUUGUAAGUAAAAGGACCAGGCUUCACAUCACAUUGUUUCCUGCCUUUUAGCUUCAUCUUGAGUGGAAAAAUGCAUAUUAUGCAAAUAAUCUUAAGGGUUGAUUAUAUAAUAAAUGUUGAUUUAUUUGACAUAUCUCUUAAAAAAAAAAUAAAAAAAAUAAUCUAGCUCCUCUAUCUCUUGCUGGCUCCUUAAAUGGACAUGACAUGCACAUUUUUUUUCCAUGAUUCAGAUAUUAAAAUUUUAAACAUUUUUCAAUUACUUAUCUAAUAUGCUUCAUUCUAUUGUUAUCCUUUGUUGAAGAAGCAGCAGUGCACUACUGCGCGCUAGCUGAACAUAUCUGGUGAGCCAUUAACACGAGGCACAUAUGUGCACCCACCAAUCAGCAGCUGUUGGACCUACCUAGGUUUUCUUUUCAACCAAGGAUGCCAAAAGAACAAAGCAAAUUAGAUAAUAGAUGUAAAUUGGAAAGUUGUUUAAAAUUGCAUGUUCUAUCUGAAUAACAAAAUAAAAAAUGUGGGUUUCAUGUUCCUUAAUGCAACACAAAUGUAUUAGCCCCUGGUUCUGUGUAUAUAUCGGUAAGUAUAGAAGCCCAUUAGGGACAGAGAAUUUAAGCAGACUUGAAAACUGUUACCAAGCAACGUGUUUCAGAAAUAAAACAGUUUGUUCAGCAUUAAUAUGUAAAUCGUUUCUAUGAAGAUCAAUUUCUGUAACUUUAAAUAAUUUGUAUUUAAAUAAUUGUAUUUAUUUUCCAUGUCAUAAUAAAUUAUAUAUAAUGUGCCAUAACUUGUACAAUCAGCAUAAGCGAUUGGUUUAUAAAUGGAAGGACAACACUGUUUAUACUCAAUAAAAUAUUGUAACUUG